UUUUUAUACGUUUUUUUGCAAGUGCACAUGUUCGUUCUUCCCGUUCGUCCGAUUGUUUAUUGUUGAUGCAUUGAUUCAAAAUCAGUUAUAACGUAGACUUUCUAACAUUUAUUACAAGGAGAAUUACUGUGGUGCUGAACAUAAUUUAACCAAAAUAUGUUCAGAAAAUGUUUAACAUUAUUUCCAAAACUUUCCACAUCAACGUUCAACAUAAGUGUACGAAAAUAUCCGGCACCUCCCAAGCGUUUCUACCGUCAAACCGGCAUUAUCACAAGUAAUGGAAAGUUCGAAAUAACCCUGGACCAGCGAAAGCUCAAAACACCCAAGGGAGCGCCUUUCUACGUGGAGAGUGAGCCAUUGGCCAUUGCUAUCGCCACCGAGUGGGAUGCCCAGAAAGAUGUUAUUGAUCGAUCCAGAAUGCACUUAACGGCGCUCAGCAGUACCGUCAUCGAUAACCCGAACAACCUACAGAAACCGGACAUCGUCAACUAUUUGGUGAACUAUGCCAGCACCGAUGCGAUUUUGUUUCAAUCGAUUGAAGACAAACGUUUGAAAGAACUACAAGUGGCAGAGUGGAAUCCAAUCAUCGAAUGGUUCAACAAGCGCCAUGACGUCGCCUUACAGGCAACAGAUGCGCUGGAAGUUCCGAGCUUUGCUCCCGGAACGACUAUGAACAUUAGUCGCUAUCUGUCGUCAUACAACGAGGCCACCCUGCACGGAAUAAUGUACGCUGUGGACACUUUAAAGUCGGUCAUUCUCACUAGCGCUUGCAUGGAGCGGUAUAUUGGGGUUGAGAAAGCAGUUCUGUUGUCGCGACUAGAGGAGGAAUUCCAACUGGGCCACUGGGGGCGUGUUGAAUGGGCUCACGACGUUAGCAUGCUGGACCUGCAGGCCCGACUCUCAGCUGCGACACUGUUCGUGUAUUUCAACUCGAGUAAUGUGUUUGUUAAACAGAAAAUACCAAUCUAAGUGAUAUAAAAAUGGAAAA